GAUGGAGGCAGUUCCCCGACUGCCGAUGCUUUCGUUCGAAUUAAAACAUAGCCCGGAGUACGUAGAAUUUGGACCAUCGUUAAAACAGUACAUUCAAGACCACUAUGGUGAAGACCCAGCGCACUAUAACAAAGCCUGCACGGAUUUGGAACAACUACGACAGAGUGCCAUCCAUGUGACGAAAGACUUUAUGGGAUGCAGUACUCUGAAGAAAUAUUACUCACAGCUGAUCCUGCUCCACGGUCGAUUCCCAAUGGAGGAAGGUGGCGAGGCGGCUAUUGCAUUUACUUGGGAGGACAUCCAGACGGGGCGGGAACACAUCAUGUACGACAUCAAGUUUGAGCAGGCCUGUAUCCUGUACAACAUCGGCGCACUGCACUCCAUGCUCGGGGCUAUCGAUAUGAGGAACAGUGCAGAGGGAAUGAAGGUUUCAUGCACACACUUCCAAUGUGCGGCAUGGGCAUUUGAACACUUGCGAGAUCACUUCGGAAGUUCUGCCAUGAGCACCGACAUGUCCCAUGAACUGCUGACAUUCCAAGUGAACCUGAUGCUGGCUCAGGCCCAGGAAUGUAUUUUGGAGAAGUCGAUGAUCGACAGCCGGAAGAACACAAUCACUGCCAAGGUUGCCGCACAAGUCGGCGAGUUCUACCAGAUGGCUUUGAAAAGUCUUGACAACUGCAAUUCUGAAGGGCUGGUCAACUCUCAUAGUUACAAGGAGUGGAAGCGGAGAAUCGAGUUAAAGAUUUGUUUCUACCAGUGUAUCACGCACUACUACCUGGGACGGCAGGCCGAGGACCAAGAGAAGAUGGGGGAGAGACUCGCCUACUUUGAGGCGAGCCAUUCCAAACUCCAGGAGUGUAUCAAGAUGACCAAGAAUGAUACUGUUGAAAUCCAAGAUUGCAUGAAAUUUGUACAAGAUGUAGUUUCUGGAAAAUAUACUGCUGCCAAAAAAGAUAAUGAUUUUGUCUACCAUGAAAAAGUGCCACCAUUAGACUCGUUACCAGAAAUUAAAGGAGCAUCUCUCGUGAAGGGUAUUUCGUUCAACCCUGGUGACAGGGAGAUUUCCGGUCAGGACAUUUUUGAAAAACUUGUGCCAAUGGAAGCGCAUGAAGCAUCGUCGGUGUACAGUGAAGAAAAGGCCAAGCUGUUGAGAAGCGUGAGAAGUGACGUCGAUAGUAAAUGUGUGGAAUUGGAACAGUUCCUGUCCUCGCUACAGCUGGACUCGUCCCGUCUGACCCCCACCCCCGAACGCCUGCCCCAGGAGCUGCUUGAGAAGUGUGCCGCCAUGAGUGUGCGCACAAACGCCAUCAAGGAGCUGACCGAUUCCAUGUCAGCGGUGUCGAAUGUCGCGAUAGACGUGGAGAUGAACAUCAGUGAAAUUCUUCAGAUGCUCAACGAUGAAAUGCAGCAGCAAGAAGAGUUCGAGAAAAACUUUGGAAAAAAAGCUCCCAACAUAGUUUUAUCAGAGAUGAGGAAGGAAUGUGAAGCACACCUAGAGAAACACAAACAGGGCAGCCAAUCAAACGAGAGUCUGCACAAGGCCAUGAAUAUUCAUAUAACAAAUUUAAAGCUGCUGGCAGGGCCACCAGAGGAUCUGCAGAAAGCUUUGCCGACGGCCGAACCUGCUAAAAACCCGGAAGAUGAAGCGGUGAUCCAGGAGCUGAAGCGACUGCUGUGUAAGAUCGACGAGAUGAGAGUCCAGCGACAGUCCUUCCUUGACCAGCUGCGAGACCACCUGCAGAGUGACGACAUCACCAACGUCCUCGUCACGCAGAAAAACAACUCUAAGGAGGCCAUAUUCAGUGAACAGCUGAAGAAGCACAAUUCGCUGGUUAAUCUGAUUGGUCAGAAUCUGAUGGCGCAGGACAACAUUUUGCGGGCUCUGACAGACUACAAUGCCAGAUACGCGACGAUACGGAAAGCCACCAACGAAUCAUGUGCUAGACGUGACUCCAUGAUAAAGCAGCUGAUAACAUCGUACGAGGUGUACGAGGACCUGCUGGCCAAGUCAGGCCAGGGACAGGAGUACUACAAGAAACUGGAGGAGAACGUCAGCCGUCUGCUCCAGCGAUGUCGCAGCGUCUGCAAGGUGCAGAAUGAGGAGAGAGAGCAGAUCAAAGCCAGGUUCGCGCCUAAAGUUCCACCACCAUCUCGCCCUACUGCACCUAAACCUUCUGGUGGACCAAAGACAGAAGAUGCAUCACAACCAACUCUACCAGCAUUUGAUGGCCCAAAACUCAAAGAUUAUCUCCCUUUUAUGAAGCCAGCGACGUUUGGGCCUAAAAGGGGAAGUGCACAAGUAUUACCAGAACCUGAUCUAUUACCACACAGCUCCAUGUCCUCAGGUUUUCCUGGAGAACACAAUCCAGCAGAGUUACCUCCGCCUGGUCUGCCUCCAUCUGGACAUGCACACCAGGACAUAGAUCAGAAUUUGCCCCCUGAAUUAGCUGCACAGUUAGCGAAGCUUCCUCAGGGUUUCUUUAAGAAAAUGGGAGGUGAACCCUCUCUUCCAGAUGUCCAGCAGCCAUCAUCUUUACCACCUUCUCUUCCUUCACACCAAGGAGAGUUCCCUGCGGACUUGCCUCCUGAGGUAGCGGCACAGUUAGCCAAACUGCCGCCUGGAUUCUUUAGCAAAAUGAAAAAUGAACGACAGAACCCUGGUGCGCAGCCAUCUUCUCUACCCGACAAACUUUCAGAACAUGUAUCUCAAAGAUAUUAUACUCCUGGACAGAUUCCUCCAGGACAGAAUCCUGCAGGACAAAUUCCACCGGCACAAAUUCCACCAGGACAGUUUCAUUCAGGACAGAUUCCUGCAGGACAAAUUCCACCAGGACAAUUUCAUUCAGGACAGAUUCCCCCAGGCCAAAUUCCUCCAGAACAAAUGAAUCAAAUUUCAGGUCAGAUACCUGAUGUUGCUGCUAUGUCGCUGGAAGGUAACAGAGGCAAUGUACAACCUUGUCCCGCUUCACAUACUGAUCCUUCAGUUUCUCAUCAGAAUCCGCAGAAGACUUUUAGAUCGGACAAUACCAACACAGUGUCCUCUGUGGUCACUCCAGUGCUGUCCAGUGUUCAUACUGAUCAGAGUUCACAUCAGCACAGCUUCACCGGGGCAACCGACCAGACUUACAAUCAGCAGCAGAUGAUGCCACAACAGUAUCAGCAGCAGCAGCAACAGCCACAACAGCAGUUCUCACAAGCAGUUGUUUCUCAGGCCUUGGCGUACCCGACUCCCUCCUCUGGUGUUGGUGGUCCAAUUCAGCAAAGGCCGGCCGGAGUGACCAGCUUUCAGAACACUGCCGAGGCAGGAGGGUAUAGUCAGACUCAACAGGCUGGGAUGGCUGGUCUGCAGAAUGUUUCACAGCCAGGACCUUACGAACAACAGUCCGGUCAGUCACAGCAGUAUUCUACAGGUGCAGGUCAUAAUCAGGACAUUCCUGUUGGUCCUUGUGGUGGAAGUGUAACCGAUACUGGUGCUGGAUAUUAUAACAAACAAGCGGUUCCGGCUCAGUAUGGGUAUCCGCAGCAGACAGUUCCAUUUUCGCAGUAUUCCAAUAUGCCGACGCCUUACCAGCAACAGCAGCCUUUUCAACAGACACAGGCUAGCACUGGACAGCCAAACCAAUAUCCGGCAGUAUCCCAGAGUAACACAAUACCACCAUCAGUUACUCAGCCCUCCCAGCCUCAGACACAGAAUUAUUACGUACAGAAUACCAAAGACAUGCAGCAGCGUUACCAGCAACCUCCAGCUGGUAAUCAGCAGUUUACUGGUUGUCCUCAAGGGACGGUGCAACAGGUUCAACCUCAAGCUCAGGUUCCUCAGGUGAGCCAGAAUCAGGCGUUUAGUCAGCAGAGUGUAGCCAGUACACCUUCAUCACAGUACGUAAGUGGAGGACAGUAUAGUCUACAGUCUACACAGACUGGGUAUCCUAAUGUACAGCAACAGAUGUACAAUCAAAAUUGUAGUCGCAUUCCAAGUCAGCAGGUCUACCAGGUGAGCAAAGGGUUUGGGCAGAUGCAGAUUCAAUCUGGACCUCAACCUCAACCUCAAACUCAACCUCAUCCUCAGCCAGGUGGAAUAAAGACACAAGUACCAAUGAAUCAAAAUGUGCAGAUGCCUUACAGUCAAGGUCAUGGCUCUCUGUGGCAAGGUCCAGUGGCGGCCCCUCAAGCAUCAACAGGCCCAGUUCAGAGUCCGCAGAUGUAUAAUUCUGUGAGUCAAGGACAAGCUAUGUCCUCGAGUAAUUACCAGCAACAAUACAAUCCCAGUCAGCAGUUCACAGGAAACGUGGUUCCAGAAUAUCAAAAGACAGUAGCCCAACCAGGCACAUCGACUUCCAGUGGUUACUACCAACAGCCUCCAAAUCAGACAUUUGAGACCAAACCUGGUGGGGUGGCGGCUUCAGGACAGGUCCUGCCACAAAGUCGGAUACCUUCGUCACAGUACCAACAGCAGACACCAAACCAAGGAUUCCUUGCUUCACAGAAUGUAGGUCCUGUCACAGGUCAGGGCCAGGGUCAGGGUCAGUACAGCCAGCCACCUCAUGUGAUGACUCCACAAGGACAGACACUACCCAUGAAGGUACAGCCUGCAGGUCAAGCUCCGGUGUCGUACCAGCAAGUCCUACAACCAACACAAGUCAUAUCCCGUCAGUCUGCUACACCUCCAGCUCCUUUUGCCUCCCAAUUCUCUCAACAGAUUGCAGGAGGACUGCAACCACAGCAGACAGUGGGAGGAAUACCGCCACAGCAGACAGUGGGAGGAAUACCACCACAGCAGACAGUGGGAGGAAUACCGCCACAGCAGACAGUGGGAGGAAUACCGCCACAGCAGACAGUGGGAGGAAUACCGCCACAGCAGACAGUGGGAGGAAUACAGCCACAGCAGCAGACUCCGGGAGGACUGCAGCAGCAGCAACAACCACCUCAGCAGACAUUUGGAGGACUGCGACCACAACCUCAGCAGACUGUGGGACAACUGCAACCUCAGCAAUAUGUUGGAGGACCACAACAGCAGCAGCAGCAACAACAGGCUGUCUUGCCACAAAAGACUCUAACUCCGGACUCAUUUCAACCAACGCUGCCACCAAAGUCUCAACCGUCUGGAGCCUUCAGUCUGUCGAGGCAGGGCUCGUCACUGGAUGAACUUCUCUCAUCCAGUCCGGACAACACAAAUGAGUCCUCCAUCCCUGCUCCACAGAUUGCCCCUAAGGUGCUCACGGCCCAGGAGAUCCAGCAGCAGAAAGAGGAGGCGAGGAAGAACAAGGAAUUCUUUGAGAGCCCCAAGGACCCCUAUCCAUCGGGGACACUGCUCAACCAGUUUGUUACGGCAGUCGAGGCAUUCGGGAAGACAGUCGAUGAGCUUGGAGUUACCAAUGUCUUUGGGCAGACGAAGCUUGACCUUUUGUGGAAGGAACUUGUUGAUAGCCAGGAACACUACAGCAAGAAACAUUCCAUAGCCAUAGCGAGGUGUUACCCCAUGAAGAACAGAGAUCCUGACAUCAUGCCAUAUGAUGAGACGAGAGUGAUGCUGAAGACACUGAAGGACGACUACAUCAACGCGAGCUGGAUCAACGAUUUGGCCCCAUCCUGUCCCAAGUUCAUUGCCACCCAGUAUCCCAUUCCCGUCACAGUGAACGAUUUCUGGGUCAUGGUUUACGAACAAGGUGUUGAGGUCAUAGUCAUGAUUACUAGCGAAUAUGAAACGGGGAAGAAAUAUCCGUGCUAUUGGCCGACGGAGAAGGGCAAGUCUGUGGAACAUGGUCCGUUGAUUCUCACUCUACAGAGCGUCAAGUUCAAAGAACUGUGGACGGAACGCAUCAUUUACUUGAAACACUCAGAGACAAAGCAGGCGAGAACGGUGGUUUACUUGCAGUACAAGAACUGGCCUGUCAGUGGUUUUCCUGAGAACCCCAGUCACAUGAUCAAGUUUAUUACGGAGACGCACAACUUCUACAAACAACAACGGAGUCUGAUGAAACCUGUAAUGGUGCAUUGUGGGAGUGGUGUUGGCCGCAGUGGCGCGUUUCUUCUCGUGUAUACAGGUAUGCAGGAGAUGCUUCAUGGUAGUGGACUGAUCGACGUCCACGUGAUGGCUCAGCGCCUGUUACAGAAACGCAAGAGUAUGAUCCAGAGUCCAGAACAGCUCAAGUUCUGUUACGAGACCCUCCUCAUGUUUGCCGAAGAUUUCCUCACAAAACAAAACGUCUUAGUAAAGAACCCGCACUGUGUGGAUAAGAAGACGAAAAAAACUAAAUCUCCUGAACACACAUCGACUGUUCCCCCGGCAGAUGACAUAAUCCUCGGCUUCGUCAACCUGCAGACGAUUCAGAACAAUGUGCGCAGGUUUGGAGAGAAGCAUCCCGCCGAACCGGGCACACACGACCUACAGGGACAGACCGCUCUCGAAACGGGUCAUCCUGCACACAAGGAAGACAACUCCCUUUCUGGUCUCCCCGAUUUGAUCCAGCAGCCUACGAAAACGGAGAACACUGGGACGAAUGUGGCAGUCGGUACUGUGCACGAUGCGGUGAUGACAUCGCACGACGACUUGGUGUCCGGAACGAGCAGUCCUCACGUCAGAAGCCGAUCGGGGUCCAGUUCGUCGGUGCUGAGCGAGAGUUCGAUGAGCGGGUCGGUGUCGUCGAAGAGCUCACCCCAGCACAAGGUCAAGGUCGACGGUAAAGGGAUGCCGUCAUCGCUGGUCGACCUUCAGAACCCGAACACUUUCACGCUGGGGCCGGGCCUCCCCGACAAAAAGAGAAUAACGAAAUCGAGUUUCGGACGUUCCAACAACAAGGGAUUGAAAGAAAGUGUGAAUGUUCCGGACGACCCCCUGAGCAGCCUUGACCCCCUCUGGUCAAUAGAGAAAGAGACAAAGUGAAAAGUUUUAUUUAAAUAUUUAAGAAUUGUGAAGUGAACAUGCUGUUAAUAUAUUGAAGACGAUUACAUGUAUAUUAUACUGAGAAGUUAAAGGAGGGGUUUCACAGCAGUUGACCUACUGAAGCCAGUGACACAUGGAUGCCUCACUUGAAAUGUUCCCUGUACAGAGUUCAGACGGGUCAAGGAUAUACUGGAAAGUCGUGCAAUUUGCAAAUGUUACUUUCUAGGCCUGGAAAAAUCAUGCUGUUUGCAAAUGCUAUUUUUUAGACAUGGAAAGUCAUGCAGUUUGCAAAUGUUAUUUUCCUGGAAUUGAAAGUCAUGCAAUUUGCAAAUGUUAUUUUUUAGGCCUGGAAAGUCAUGCAGUUUGCAAAUGCUAUUUUUUAGGGAUGGAAAGUCAUGCAGUUUGCAAAUGUUAUUUUUGUGGAAUUGAAAGUCAUGCAAUUUUUUAAUGUUAUUUUCUAUCGUGGAAAAGUACAUUUUAGAAGAAAAAAAAUUAAGUAAAUAUAUUUUCGGGCAAUUUUUUGUUGGGUUGGUAGGUCACUGCAUGUAGGUCACUUGCUGUGAAGUCCUGCCUUUACAAUUACUUGCACUUUUUAAAGUUCAAUUGAUUAAACAAAAUUAGAAUGUGUUUUUUAUCAUUCCAGAAGUCUGUAAGAGUUUGAUGUUUUACCUGUCGGUUCAAUUGAUGCUUUAUAUAAAGUGGUGAAGAGCGUACUUAACCCAUUACAGAUCUAAGAUCGAUCCCUGUCAAUGGCCCAUUAAUUGAGCUAUUUCUCAUUCCAGCCAGUACCCACAGACAGGAUAGCACAUACCGUGACCUUUGAUAUACCAGUCUUGGUGCACUGGC